GUACAGCGCAUUGUAAUGACGAAAUGUCUUUCACAGUAAUCUAGUUCGCGCAAAGCACACAUACUCCAUUUUAUGCGUUUUCGGUUUUCCAAACAAUAUCCUAAAGAUUGCGAGGCAACCCAUUCCUAGUUGCAUACCGUAUCGCCCUUGAAGACUAGCAAACCGUAUGGCAAUUACCAACAGAACAGGCGUAGCUGCAGCUUUACUUCCAAUCAUUCUCAAUCCAACAAGGACAAAUGCUCUGCAAGCUAGCUUUUCCUACUUGCCAAUUGCAACCGCUGCUGUGGGUGUACCCGCUGGCCUCCAAGCGCGCAUACAUAACUAUGAUGUGGCCGUGAUAGGACUAGGUGCUUUCGGCAGCUCGGCACUGUACCACAUAGCCCGGUCAGGCCUGAAGGUCAUCGGCAUAGAGCGACAUCGACCCGUGGGACAUGCAUUGGGGUCCUCACAUGGCGCCUCUCGCAUCAUUCGCCUCGCCUACUUUGAGGGGCUGCAGUACGGGCCUCUUCUGAAACGCAGCCUUCGUUUGUUCCUGGAGUUGCAAGACGAGCUUAUGGAACAACCGCUUGCCCACGGCAAACAGGCGCCGACUGCGUCCCCGGCUCCGCUCUUCCAGCGAACAGGCAUGCUAGAUGUGGGAUCGGUGUUUGAGAGGGCACUGGAGUCAGCAAGGGCUCAUGGGCUGCAGGUCGGACGGAAUGGGCAGGGCAGACACAUUGGCCGGGAUCAGUGCUUUGAAGCAUACGCGUGCAUGCAUGUUAGAGCUUAAGGCUAGCUACCAUUCCGGUACGGGGUGGUAUUACAUAUGUAUACUGGGCAGCGGAAACGACAGGCAGUGGUGAGUUGUUUGUUAUUGUUGGCCUUGAUUGCACUUGCCAGGGUACAUAGCAGGAACGAGCAAAAGGCACCAUAUAUAGCAAUGCCGGCUCUCAGUCGGUAGUUACCGUAACACCAACGUACAACGAUACGUGACACCUGCACCCAACAUGCAUGCCGUGCAUGUAUGUCAUGUCCAUUCCGCCUUUCAUGUAUGUCAAUACCGCGAACCCCUUAGCACGAGAUCUUGACUGGGCCGGAGCUGACUAGGCGUUUCCCAGCCUACCGGGUUCCGGAGCACUGGCGGGCUCUCUACCAGCCAGAUGGCGGGGUACUUGCGCCUGAGAGGAUUGUACAGGCCCACGUGACCCUGGCGCAGCGGCUGGGAGCGGAGGUGGUGGUUGGUGAAACGGUGACAUCAUGGCACACGGAAGGAGAUUCCAACGACUCACCGGUUACGCUGACAACGGUGCCCACCUCGGACGUGGUUGCUGGAGAGGCCGGCAGUGGCGGUGGUGGUCGCACUAUAACGGCAGGGGCUGUGGUGAUGGCGCCGGGUCCGUGGAUUGGGCAAUUAGUCCCGGAGUUGCGGGACUUAUGCGUACCGGAACGCCAGGUGGUCGGGUGGUUUGACAUUGAAGCCUCCGCCCGACGCGACUUUACGCCCGAACGCUUCCCGGUGUUCGUGUUGGAGGAGAGCCCCGGCGGUACCGCCUACUACGGCUUCCCGGAGCACGGCGAACUUCCAGGCUUCAAGAUCGGCCUGUAUCACCAUCUACGACAAGACAUCCGGGAUCCGGCUGCUCUAGAUGCCGUACAGCGCACGGCAGAUGCUGCUGAUGAGGCUGCACUGCGAGCCGGCGUUGCUUCGUACUUCCCAGCGGCAGCCCGCGGGCGCCUGUUGUCAUCCAGCGCCUGCUUCUUCACCAACACGCCGGACGGCCACUUCCUAGUGGACCGCCACCCCUUACAUCCGCAGGUGAUCCUGUGCUCUGCCUGCUCCGGUCACGGAUUCAAGAUGAGCUCCGGCAUUGGGCAGCUCAUAGCCCGAAUGGUUGCAGCAGGGCCCUCAUCCUCAUCACCGCCGCCACCAGCGCAACCCUCACCGACCACGGCGGUAACGGCACCUGAUGCCGUACGGAAGGCAUCAGGGAGCCCGGCCAGCACCGCCUCAACAGGCAACACUGCCACCACUGCAACAGCAGGAGCUGGUGAUGGCGGGUCGAAGGUCGAAGGAGCGGGUGGUGAUGGAAGCGGCUGGAGUGAGCUGCUGCCGUUCCGCUUUGAUCCAGAGGGGCGGCUCGGUCACAAGGAGGCACUUUCGAGGUUUGAAUAAGCGAACUUCGGCUGUGCUAUGGGGACGGAAGG